AUGGAGUGCCAGAAGCAUGCAUGUGGGGCUCUGGAAACGUGCAGAGUUGUGGGCGGCUUGCUGGGCUGUUACCCGGCGACCUUUGGCAACUCCUGGGUGUUUGGGGACCCCCAUUACGUCACUUUUGAUGGGGUCGCAUUUGACUAUGAGGGAACGUGCAAAUACACGCUGAGCAAGUACUGUGCCCCCCAGGGAGCCCUCCCUUACUUCGCCAUAAAAGUGGAGAACGAACACCGGGGCUCCUUGGCCGCAACAUGGGCACGUCUGGUGGAGAUAGACGUCUAUGGGGAGCACAUUGCCGUAGCGGCUGGUCAGUAUGGCAAAGUGCAGGUAAGGACCUUGUCCGUAUUCUUUCCUUGUCUCGUUCCACCUGGCAUUAUUUUCUUUUGCAUGGCGGAAAAGGAUCUCAGUGGUUGGAUGCACAAACACUUGGGCAGGCUUGGCAGAGGAGGAGGAACACGGGCUGCAUGCAGAUGCAGACCUGGAUCCCUGUUGUCACACUCAAUGGGAUGCAUGUUCUUAAUUGUGUGUUUUAUUUAUCUGAUGGGAUUUGUAUACUAGUUAAUCGUAGGGUUGCAAUUUGUCCGGAACUUCCCAGGUACAUCCUGAAUACUGCACGAUAGCAGUGUCCGGGCGAUAAAAUGUCGGUUGUGUCAUUUUCACUGAUUUUCCUUAAAAGUAGCUCAAAAGCGUCAUUUUUUGUGAUUUUGCCAAAAAAACCCCAACAGUCAACAACUUUGGCACAAAACAAAAAACUCAACAACUUUUCUCUCUGGAUUUUCACUGUCUGGAUUCUUAUAAGCAGUUUACAGAAAAUAAAAUGCACAUUAAGAUUAUAAGUAAAAGUCAUUUAACCUACUUUUUUUUUUACAACAUAUAAAUAAAAUCAGCUAUUUAAAAAAAGAUACGUUGUUUUCAGCACUACACCUCCAGCAUCUAUCUGAAUUAGCCACUGCCUUUCUAUACAGAUAUUGUGCAGUCCAAGGGCUGGUGUCCGUCCUGGGUCUCCUGCAAGUGUGAUUCCCGAAUCAGCAGGGGGUGCACACAUAGAACCCUUCCUGCGUAUGAAUUACCCUUUGCUACAAAUGGUUGUCACCUAUACUCUUGAAUUCAUAUUGCAACUUAAGCCAGUGGCGCUUAUUUGGCUGGUACAAUAUCUUACUUACGAGUCUUACUUUGGAUCUAGCCAGUGCUUUUUUUCUGGGGGGAAAGCAGGGGUUUGCAUACCCCCUUAAACAUUUUGUGAAUCUAAGUUUGGCCUCAUUGAGGGGCAGUAUUUCAAUAUGAGUAGGAAAAUGAGAGUACCCAUACAUAUUUUUUUUGGAGGGGGGAGCGCCUGGAACUAGCUUUUUAUUGUAGCUUUGCUAGGAUGUACUGAACCAGCAAAUUCUGAAGAUGCCAAGGUUUGGCCAGUGAGAAAUUGUGCAAUGGUAAAACCUUCAGAAGGUAUUACAUCCACAACUGAAAUGUUUACUUGCUUAUUAAUCAGGAGAGAGAAAAAAUAAAGUCGUACCUUGGUUUUCAAACAGCUUAGUUCUCAAAUGUUCUGGCUCCCGAAACCUGGAAGUGUGUGUUUCGGUUUGCGAACUAUUUUUGGAAGCUGAACAUCCGACGGUGCUUCCGCGGCUUCCGAUUGGCUGUAGGAGCUUCCUGAAGCCAAUCAGAAGCCACACAUUGGCUUUCAAAUGUUUUGGAAGUCGAACGGACUUCCAGAACAGAUUCUUUUCGACUUCCAAGGUACGACUGUAAUGUGGAGCUCAUUGUUCAAGAGUUCUCUAGUGGGAUGUGCCUUGGGGUUCCAGUGUGAGGGCUUCCUCUAUGGCUUAUUCAGUCCACAAUAACUUACUGGCUUGCUUAAUAUGUAAAGUGAGUGUGCUGCACCCUUUUGUUAAGUGAUGGAAGGAAUGUAACUCUGGGUUAAAUUGGUUGCGGUGGUUGCUAUUCAGUAAUCCCCUGAGAGCACUCUGUGGUCCAACCACUAAUAUGCGGCAUAAUCUAUCUGACAGAAAUGUGGGUAGAGAAAACCACAUCAGUAAUUUUUUAUUAUUAUUGAAAUCAAUAAAGUGGUUUGCUCAUUAAAGUAGGCUUGGCUACGUCCAACGACAAUUCGGCUUGAGAAAUGUAUGCUGCACCAGCUUUAAAAGUGCCUUGAUAGACAAAUCACACGCACCUCUACUAUACUUGUUUGGGAAAUGGGAGGAAAAGGACUGGGCUGCAACAGAGCCAUUCCCCUCUAGGAACAUUGGAAGCUGCUUUUAAUGAGUCAGACUGCUAUUCCACCUGGCUGAUUGUGCAUGCUGAUUGGCAGUGGCUCUCCAGGGUUUCAGGUAGGGAGUCCCUAACUGCCCUAGGUGGAGAUGGUGGGGAUGGAACCUGAGGUCCUCUGCAUCUUCUAACACUGAGCUACUGCCAUUACCAAAAAAGUAAUGGAUGGUGGAAGGCUUCCAAAAAGAUUGACGAUCGUCAGAGUUGGGAAGGAUGGUCUAUUGUGACAAGCGGACGCUCUCCGGGAUGUCAACCCUACUCAGAGAUGCAAGGGAUUGAACUGGAACCUUCUGCAUGUGAAGUAUGUAUAGAUGGAGCAGCUAUGGCCUUUAUCCAUCUAGGCUGAGUUGUGUUUGCCCUGUGCACUGAAGUAUCGUUACAACAUUUUGUCCUGCCUCUCCUCUACGUAGCUCUAUACUUCUCCCAUUUUAAAAACACCAUUAAGUUGUCUGAAACCACAUGCCCCACCCAGAACUUGCGAUGGGUGAACUUGUGGCUGGACCGUGUUGCUGAACUCCAACUCCCAUCAGCCUCAGUCAGCAUGGCCAGGGAUGAUGGGAGCUGGAGUCCAUGAACAUCUGGAGGUCACCAAGUUGGGAAAGGCUGUCAUGAAGGCCGCUUAAGGAUUUGGGCCUGUCAUUCACUGUGAAUGCAGCCGUAAUGGUCUGAGAAAGACAUCUCCCUGCCUUUCUUUCCAUUUAGCUGAACGGCAUCCUCCUCCAGCUGCCUUUCGACUUCGGAAACGGGAAGAUCUAUGGCUACUAUAGUGGCUUCUCUGCCAUCAUCCAGACCGAUUUUGGCCUCUUUGUCUCUUACGACUGGUCCUACUAUGUGUCAUUUUCUGUCCCCAAGUCCUAUUCCGGACUGCUCUGCGGCCUCAGUGGAGACUUCAAUGGGAAUCGGAGCGACGACUUCAAAAGCCCCAAUGGCACUGUGCUCUCGGAUGCUGCCGCUUUUAGCAAUAGCUGGAAGGAGGCCAGCUCACCUUUCCACUGCACAGUUGUUGGGUUUCCGCCACGCUGUGACGAAGACCUGCUAGACCGGUACUCCUCUGUGAGCUCCUGCGGAAUCAUCCGCGAUCCAGAUGGGCCAUUUAGACUCUGCAGUGACCCCGAUGUGACACAGGCCCACUUCGAGAGCUGCGUGAAGGACAUGUGUGUCACGAACGGCAGCAAUUUGUGUGAGGUCCUGGGCACGUAUGCCCAGCAGUGCCAAAUUCACGGAGCCAUCAUUCAGCCCUGGAGGGAGAUCACUGGGUGUGGUAAGGGAUUGACAACUGACAUGUGAACUGCAAUAGCAAUACUGGUCACAGUGUUUUAGAGCAGUUAUGCUAUGAUUUCUAGAACGAGAAAGAAAAGCUUAUUAAGUGGUCCACUGGGACCCCCAACAAUUUUUUCAACUGGUUUACAGAGGGAGAAGAAAAAAGUUUGAGAAUCACUGCUUUAGUGUAUUCAGAGAAUUUUGAACACAUUUUCUCACUCAUCCUUACAACAGUCCUAUAAGGGGUGUGUGGGGGGGUGAGGUUGGGACUGAGAAAUUAAGGCUGGUAGAAACAGCAUCAGUGCCUGCUAAAGCCACAGCACCAAAACAAAGUUUGCCACUGAAGUCUGCUCUGCAAUCCUUUUUAAAAAUAAAAUUAAAAAGUUGCAUCUGCCAGAUGUCCAUUGCAAUCAACUCCUCUACAAUUUUGACCUAUUUACUGAUAGCAGAAUAGUUUCUUUAAUUACUUUAGUAGUUUAUAAUAAUUUCAAAGGUAAUUAAAGCUAGGAGGUGCAGCUGGCCUUUUCCCUGGAGAUUAAUUUCCAGUAUCAUAAGCAGUAGGGACGCGGGUGGCGCUGUGGUCUAAACCACUGAGCCUCUUGGGCUUGCCGAUCAGAAGGUUGGCGGUUUGAAUCCCCGCGAUGGGGUGAGCUCCUGUUAUUCAGUCCCAGCUCCUGCCAACCUAGCAGUUCAAAAGCAAGUAGAUAAAUGUGCAAGUAGAUAAAUAGGUACAGCUCCGGCGAGAACGUAAAUGGUGUUUCCAUGCGCUGCUCUGGUUUCGGUGUUCCAUUGCACCAGAAGCAGCUUAGCCAUGCUGGCCACAUGACCCGGAAAGCUGUCUGUGGACAAACGCCAGCUCCCUCGGCCUGUAAAGCGAGAUGAGCACCACAACCCCAGAGUUGUCUGCGACUGGACUUAACUGCCAUGGGUCCUUUACCUUUUUAUCAUAAGCAGUGCUUGGACGCAUGCUGUAAUUUCUCCUCACUCCUGGUUCAUGCAUCUUUCAGAUAGGAUUUCUCUAUUCCCUCGACAGCAAGCAUCUAGGAGUAAAUGCUUGUUAUCUCUGUCCGUGGAGAUAAGAACAACAGAUAACUCUGUCACAAUUAUUCACCACUUAAUUACAACUUUUGAGGAGCUCUGAAAGCUGCGACCGACCUGCUCAGCUCCUUCCCGGAAGUCGGUCUCCUCUACAGUGUUGAAGGAGCUGCGCUUUUGCAUUCUCAAUAUCUUUUCGUUUGUGCUUGUUUCAGAGUUGCGCUGCCCUGCCAACAGCCACUAUGAGCUCUGUGGACCUUCCUGCCCUGCUUCUUGUGCCCACCCAGCUGUGCCCUCUCGUUGCCGGACUGGGUGUGUCGAAGGGUGUCCAUGCAACCCUGGCUUCGUGCUAAGUGGCACUGAGUGUGUGCCUCGCCAGCAGUGUGGCUGCACUCACGGUGGAAGAUACUACCUGACUGAGGAAACCUUCUGGCAAGGAGAAAACUGCAGUAGCUUUUGCCGCUGCGAUAGCACCACCCAUGCCGUCAUGUGCACCCUCUCAUCCUGUAGUCCUGGAGAGUUCUGUGGCAUUCGCAAAGGCGUUUAUGGUUGCCACAAGCUGUUGGGUGGCACUUGUUGGGCUUCGGGGCAUCUCCACUACACUACAUUUGAUGGCCGGCAUUAUGACUUCUGGGACACCUGCAAGUACAUAUUUGCAGAGCUGUGUGCGGCAAACACAUCUUUACCCUUCUUCAGGGUUGAGGUUAAGAACGAGAAGCUGCACAACAGAUCUUUGUCUGUGACCUCAGAGGUGUUUGUGCAAGUGGGCACCCAUCAAAUACACCUGCAGAAUAGACGCCGGGGAACCGUCAAGGUAAAGAGCAUGGGGGAAAGCUCUUAAGCAGCGGCAAGCAGCCUUUUUGCUCCUACAGCAUUGGCAGGGGUGGGGCCACACUAAGGAGCUGCAUACAGGCUUUCCCUGCCAUGUAGGGGGCGGGGGGAGAAGACCCUCCCCUAGUGGCGGAGCUUCAUGCUCUGGCACCGGGGGGCGCAGAGCAGGCAGGGGCAGGGCUAGUGCACAUUCCAGAGGAGUGGCGCACCGCCCGCAGGGGCAUGACGGGCAUCCUGGGGGCAUGGCAUGAUCCCUGUGGGGGCAUGGCGCCCAGCACGGGCAGGGGAGCAGCCGUGAUGGCACCCCACCAGGAUCACGCUGCCGGGGGCGGUGCACUCCACCCCCCACUCCUCUUCCUCCGCCAGUGUCUGCCCCCACCUUGGCAGGGUGAGAGAAUCCCCUUUGAAAGCAGGGGUUGCAUUGGUGACAGCCACCUUUUUUCAGUUACAAAGACUCUCCAUGCUUUGGUGGAGAAGAAUACAAUGGGGGUGCAGUCAGCCCCACUGGGAAGCAGUCUUAGUGACAUAUUUGCAGCAUCACCUGCAGUGGCUGAAGUUCCAUGGCUCAUACGGUGGCAGAGCAGCCCCCAAAAUGGGUAAAGAUGGUGGUAGCAGAGGGACCACCCAGGAGGCCAUGUUAAGAGGGCCACAUGUGGCUCACUGAUUGCCCACACAUACACCAGACUGUGGAGGUAAGGUCCAUCCUGCUCUUGUGAAGAAUCUGGUCGGGGCUAUGAUUUGUAGCGAGAUGAGAUGCAGAUACAAAAUUCAGAGAAAUGGGGCGUGGGGAGGGAUUUUAAAUAUGAAGAAGGAGCAGGGCAACAACAGAAGAGAACUGACAUAGCCACAGGCAUAUAAAUUUAUUUUAUUUUAUUUUGACAAAGUAAUAAUCACAAAUAAAUAAGAAUAAAAAUGUGCACCCCACCACUGAGACCAUUUCAUUGUAACUAUUCAACCUCCGAAAAUUUCAACACCUCUUGUGAUGGUUUGACCCCUUUCUGUUUUUACAGUACAAAUUCUACAGACACCUUCCAUAUCUCCUCAAAAUCAUUUCUCCAGCAUAUUCCUCAUCCUACCUUAAUGGCACAUGUUAAUUUAUCAUUAAUAGCUAAAUCCCACACCAUUUUUCCAUUUUAUAUUCUGCUUUCCCCUUCCACUUCCUAGCUAUAAUAAUUCGUGCAGCUGUCAAUAAAUUUGUGAGCAAGUCGUUCAAAGCCUGCGAACCUUCCAUCCCAUCAUAAAUUGAUAAUAAUGCUUUAACCUAGUGAUUUCUGUUAUCAUAUGAAAAUUUAAGGCAGGCUUCCCUAACCUGGUGUCCUCUAGAUGUCUUGGGCUGCAAAUUCUAUCAUUUCUAGCCAUCGGCCAUCCUGGCUGGGGCUGAUGGGAGCUGUACUAAAAAAAAACUGGAGGGCUCCAGGUUGGGGAAGAAUGUACUGAGGGGGCAAUUGGGUUGGCUCAUAGUUAGGCAAGGAUUAUUUCGCAACAGGAGCUAAGAUGCAGAGUUGGAGUAAAGCAGGUAUGAGACUCAUGCAGAAGUCAAGGAGAGACCUCCGUGAAACAGGAAACUAGACAAUGAGAGUGCAAGAGACCCUGGAACCAAGCCUAGUCAAGGCAAAGUCGCAGCAAUGAGUCUCUUGAUGUCCAGGUAAGCUACUCGAUCUCACCAAGGCCAGAUUAGUAAAGAUUCCAGGACAAUUGUUGUUUUGGAGUUGUCCUUAGAUUGGCCACUUAAGCCCCACAUGAAACGCAUCACUAAAAGUGGGGCCACCAAUCUGCAUCAAAUUUGCACAUUAAAAAUUCUACACUCAACUCCUGAACUUUGUUCCGAAGUAAGGAGAACAGGAAUGGUUUCUUAAGGGCCAAAGUAACUUCACCACCAGAAGCCUUGUUGCGGAAGAGAAGCGUACCAGUUCCUUGAUGACCCUUCAGAUUAACCAGUCUCUGACUUUUUGCUUGUUUCAAUCAGAUUGAUGGGAUAACUGCAAACCUUCCAGCCAACGUUAAUCAAGGAGAAGCUGUCAUUUAUGAGCAUGGAGUGUACACAACACUGAGAGCGAAGUUUGGCCUGGCAGUGAGCUUUGACCUGGCCCACAGCCUUUUUGUCACCAUCCCCGCCGAAUACAUGGGCCACACCUGCGGGCUUUGUGGGAACUUCAACGGAGCUGCCGCUGAUGACUUUAUGAUGCAAGACGGCUCCUUGGGGAAGAAUGUCUCCUACUUUGCUGCGGGUUGGAAAUCUGAGACUGUGCCGGGCUGUGACGGUGGCUCAGCUGACCCCUACCCUCAGUGCCUGGAGCAGGAACAGAUCUUCCAGGCAAAAUGUGGAUGUUGGAUCAUCCAGAACCCCACUGGGCCCUUUGCUCCUUGUCGGUCUGAAAUUAGCCCUGAGCCCUAUCUGUCUGAUUGUAUAUUUGACCUCUGUGCCUCUCCAGGGGACAGCAGGGUCCUGUGCCAGUCCAUUCAGAAGUAUGCCGCAGCCUGCCAGAGAGAAAACCUGAGCAUCUCAGCUUGGAGGAACGAUACUUUCUGCAGUACGUAUCUUGGAGCUGUGUUACACUUGAAGCAGAGAAAUCUGUCCGUGUUGGUUUCUCAUCAUUUCUCAUUUUUCCCAGUCUUAAGUUCAGUUCUCCACAUUUUUGCAACGGUUUGCGAUUUAAAAAAUGCUCAUGAAAACCUGUAAAAAUGUAAUUGCACACUUCCCCCCAGUAUACACAUUUUUUGUACUGUAUUUUACCUGAUUUCCCAUUUUUGCAAAGCAACUUAUAUAAUGCACUUUAUAUGUUAUUUUCACUACUAUAUGCAUCUUAACGCACACUUUCCAUUAAAAGAAGGAUUUUUUUGUACACAGAUGGGAGCUGCAGAAAAGUGUGAAAUUUGAAAGAUAUCAGAACAUGCAAAUUAGGUAGAUUCUCAGUGAAAUUCAAGCUGAAUUCCUUCCCCUUCCCUACUUACACGCACAACAAUUACACUACAUGGACAUAAGAAGAAAAUGGUUAUAAUUAUCAUUAAACUUUCGUAUUUAGGGGGAAACAUGCCCAUAAGGAGAGAGAAAAUUGCUUUCUGUUUCACCGGCCUCACAAUUUACUUUAUUUAUUCUCCUCCAUUUCUUGUGGUGAAAAAAGUAUGUAAUAAUAAUAGCUCCCCCUGAAAAGGCUGCUGUAAUUUUUAAAAGGCUUUUGCUUCUCAGUGGGGUGGAAAUCGCAGAAUUUUACAAACUCGGUAUGGUAUUGAAGUAAACUUUACUCAGAGGAGAUCCGUUGAAAUUAAUGAACACGACUAAGUUAGGUACAUUGAUUUCAAUGGCUCUGAAUAAAACUUAAUUGAGUACCACCUUGGGGCUGAGCAAAAAUGGUCUCCCAAAUUUCUCCAUGGUUUUUGUGGGUGACAAAAUGGGUGUGUAAUGGGGACUGAUAUCCUUGGAGAGGGAGCUGAAAUUCUCCAACACCUUAUCUCUGAAAACUGUCUUUUGUUAAAAUUUGGUUUAUUUAAUGUUGAAUGAAACUCUGGGCUGCUCCAGACUGGUGGUGGUUGUUGCUGUUGUGUUCCAAAACGUUAAUGAUGCACAAAUAGUGCAUUAGCAGUGGGCUUAUCCACACACCAUUCUGCAAAGCUCAUACAAAUAACAAACUUAGUUGGUCUCUAAGGUGCUACUGGAAGGAAUUUUUUUAUUUUGUUUCGACUAUGGCAGACCAACACGGCUGCCUACCUGUAACCAUUCUGCUAUGUUAGUUGAUCCACAGCUGCAACCAACAUUAACGUCAGGAGUGCAGAAACCAUUUUGCCAAGCACCGUGUAGGGGAGGACUGAAAUCCUCUUUAACGGUUCAGGAGGAGGUCGAAAAAGAAAAGAUAAAUCUGAAACUUGCCAGAAAAUUAUUUUCAGGAAAAGUGCUUUCUUCUUCCCCACCCCUAGAUCUCCAGUGCCCACAACACAGUCACUACGAGCUCUGUGGCAGUCCUUCGCAUCAGUUGUGCUUCGGGACCUGGCUCCAGAACGUCUCUGCCUCUACUUGCUCUGAAGGGUGCUUCUGUGACGACGGUUACUAUUGGAAUGGCAAUGAGUGUGUCCUGCCUGAGCAGUGUGGCUGCAAGCAUGAUGGGCGCCACUACAAAGUGAGCUGGUUGUCCAGUCCAGUCAAAGCCAAUGUUAUAAUAAUAAUAGUUAUAAGAAAAACUGCUCCCUUUUCCUUUUGGGGUACGGUGGUACCUCAGGUUAAGAACUUAAUUCGUUCCGGAGGUCCGUUCUUAACCUGAAACUGUUCUUAACCUGAAGCACCACUUUAGCUAAUGGGGACUCCCACUGCCGCCGCCACGCAAUUUCUGUUCUCAUCCUGAAGCAAAGUUCUUAACCCGAGGUACUAUUUCUGGGUUAGCGGAGUCUGUAACCUGAAGCAUCGGUAACCUGAAGCAUCUGUAACCCAAGGUACCACUGUAUUCCAGAGCCUGUAUAGAGUCCUUAAGUGAGUUUCCUAUUGGUAGGACAAAACAACAGAGGCCAACCAGAUUAUAUUGAGAAUCAAAGUGGCUAGUAAGCCUGGUCUUUAUUCAAGGAACUGUUAUAACAGGGUCCCCACUCACCACACAUAGAAGGGAGGGAGAACCCUGAGCAAUGGUGCACAAACCCUUAUAUAGACUUUUGAAAUUGCCCACCCUGUAGCCCAAAACCACCUCCCCAAAACAUCAUACAUACAUCACAGAAGGAGGCGGUCUACAGCAGAAGUCCUGUCUGCCAGGAUAUGUUAUAAUGGUCACUGGUUGCAUUACCUGGACAGCUUGGCCAUUCUUUUGUGAUGGUUAAUACUUUAGUUCCUGAAUCCAGGUCACAGGCUCAAAUUCAUACAUAAAUACGCCCUUAAGACAGGAUUUGCAAGCAAAAAGACAAUGGGAUGGCUUUCCCCAUUUGCCUCCCUUGCUGCAGAGGAAUAUCUGAAGUCAUUGGGAGAGUCAAAAUGGCUCCAGGAUUGCUCUCCCAUACUAUUUCAGGCACAUGGUUCAUAUAUUUAGAUAUGUGCAUUUAUGAACAUUUAUUCUAUAUUUGAGACCUUAAAAUUCUUAUAAUGUUUGUUUGUCUGUUGUACUCCACCCAUCUGACUGGUUUGCCCCAGCCAUUCUGGGCAGCCACUUCCAACAAAAUAUAAAGGAACAUGGCAAAACAUAAAACAAUAAAAGCUUCCUGAAUAGUGCGUAAUUUGGGAGGGGUUAUAGAUCAGGAGUGGAGCCCUUGCUUUCCGUAUGGAAGGGACCAGGCAGCAGGUUGUGAGCAACACCUGGGCCUGAGAUUGUAGAGGGCUGCUAAAUAAGUCUCUUCUGCUUUAAGGCCACUUCCUAAUAUUACCCAAGUUAUUGCCCUGCCACCUUUGCCUAAGGCAGGAAAAUGUCUUGGGCCAGCUGCGGGUACAUUGAAGGAGUUAUACUAUAUGAUGGCCAUUUCCCUUUGUCUUCCUCAUGCAGGUUAGAGGCCAUAUCUGGCUGCCCGGCUGUGCUAAAAAAUGCAUCUGUGACCCCCAGGGCAAUUUCCGUUGUUUCGCAGCUAAAUGCAACCGGGGCCAGCAGUGCGCCCUGAGGGACGGACAGUGGGGCUGCCGGAGUUUCCUGACCACCUGCGUUGUGACGGGAGACCCUCACUACUUCACCUUUGACGGUGCAGUGGUGCACUUCCAGGGCAGCUGUGACUACGAGGUCUCUUACACUUGCAACUCUUCCCGGGAUUUCUCCUUCCGGGUUAUGGCUGCCAACAGGCAUUUCUGGAAACCCAGCGUAUCCUUCGUUUACCGAGUUGAAAUCUGGCUCCUCACCAGCCACUCGAGUUUCCACAUCGUCCUAGAGAGAGGCAAAGCUGCCCAUGUGAGUUGAGGCGGGAUGCUCACUGUUAUCAGGCCUGUGAGCUUGCGCUGAUUUAGUCAGCAGGGCCAUGGACCUGGUGUUGGAAUUGGAACUGGAGGGUGUGUGGCCAGUGGCGGCUGGAGCCCAUUGCAACUGGUAGGGUGGCUGGACAAUGGUAGGCAGAGUUAGAACGAAAGAUAGGGGGAACCAACUGUGGUGAUCACACAGGGUCCCCGGACGUUUCACCGUCUAUUGAUCCCUGUGCCACCACUUUAUUUCUCGCUGCCACCACCCAGGCCCUACCUGGUGCAAUACUGAGUCCAGUCAGGGUUAAAUUGGAACAUAAACUUUUGUUUAUUUAUUGCAGUUUAACAAGCGUGUGGUUUCAUAAACAGUAUUGGUCAAUUACAUGCAUGGGGUGCCUAUCCAGACCUAUAACUUCCGCUACCUGCUCUCACUCACUAAACCACCUCUCUGAUAUUUGCUUGUCUUCCUAGCCCCUAACUGUUCCUGACUCAGCUUAUUUCGCUACACUAACUCAACCUCCCCACAGACUCUAUCCCAAUUCACUCCCACUCCAACCAACCACCCAACUCCCAACAAACUCUCCCCUCCACCCCUCCCAGAGCUGGUUUUAUAGUCCCUCUGACUCCACCCCCCCCCAGGGUUCCAAUUGGGUAACCUGUUUAACUAUUUCACCUCCAGCACUCUCAUAUGUUAACGUCACACCAACUAAUGCUAGUUUGGCCCCCGCCCUCCUUUCUGCUGUGUUGCCGGAGCAAAACUGAGACCAAAGCAGAGGUGGUUGGCUGGCAUUGUCUUCUUGUAAGUAAGGUAGGCAGCUGGGGGGGUGGCUGAGGGCAGACCCAGGUUGGUGUGGCAGUGCCUACUGAGCUACCCUCUGUUGAACAUGGCUGGUUACCAGGCAAGAAAACAACGAACAGGGUGGUGAUACAAUGACUACUGCAAACGACACGAGAUAAUAUUGACGCAAGGCAACUAUCUGUAAACAAGCAAUAAGCAUCCAUAAAAAUGGCAGAAGUAGGUUCUUUCCCAAAUAGGUUUUAUCUUAAACAAUAGCAAACACAGUAAAUAAAGAGUUCUCUUGUGAUAUAUCAGUGGUUCAGUGCUCAUUUCUUCUCUUUCCAAAAAAGAUUUUGGAAAUUCUAUUAAAUAGGAGGUUUAACAAACUGAAGGACUUUGUCCUCUUUCUAUGCUCCUCCCGAUGGAAACACACAGAUGGAAACAGAUAUAUCCCUGCUUUAAGUCAUUCACAUACUGUCUUUUCCUGUAUAUUAUUUAUUACAAAGCUUGAUGACUAAGCUCUUUAGCGACGAAAUGUCUGAUUACCAGACCGACGUCUGAGCACUGAACCACUGGUAUAUCACAAGUGGACUAUUUAUUACUGCAUUUGCAAUUGCUCUAGAUAAAAUCUAUUUUGGAAAGAGAAGAAAUGAGCACUGAACCACUGAUAUAUCACAAGUUAGCUCUUUAUUUACUGCCCUGGUUCAAGACCCCCACCGCCUUACUGUUAGCAACACAGCUAACAGGAAAAACAAAGCUAGUACUACAGAAACUGCUUUUCUUUCCCUGCCCCUUUUAAUAUACAGGUUAAUGGCAGAAGGACCCAGUUGCCAGCCCAUGUUGGAUCCAUUGCUCUGAUCUUCAGACUGAGGCACAUGGUGGUCGUAAGAACGAAAGCCAACUUGGAGAUCCAGUUCAAUGGGGCCAGCAGUUUGUUCAUCCGUGUGGGCCCAGAGUAUCAACAUCAGCUGUGUGGAAUAUGUGGAAAUUUCAACGGUGAUGCCACUGAUGAUAAAGUCCUGCUCAGCGGAGAGAAAGAUCUGAGUGAUGCAGAGUUUGGGAAUGCCUGGAUAUCAAGCACCAGCCCCAAGUGGUAGGAGUAUUCACUUUCCCCCAGAGCUAAAAUGGAACCUGCUCUGUUCUCCUGUGACCUAUAUUCCAUGCAAACAGGGCUGGUCCUGCCAUAAGGCAGAGUUGAAUUAGCCAGCUUAGACAGCAGAUGCCGUGGUGUGUCACACAACCUGCCCUACACCUUGUAAAAUAGCCUGCUGGCCGCAGAUGCUGUGUGUUUAAGUAAGAUUCAACCACUAGUCCACUGAGAUUCUGUACAUGGAAUUGUGGGGGAGCCAUUUUUUAAUUUUAUUUUUUGCCUCGGGUAGCGAAAAAUCUUGAGCCAGUCUUGCAUGAAACCCUUUCUUAGGGAAACACAACUGCCCAACCUUAUCAGCAGAGGUGUUGGAAGAAAAGCAGUUCUCUCACAAGGCAGUCCUCUCUCUCUCUCUCCAAUUGCCGCUAGAGAGGCUGUUGACGUAUUAUCUUCCCCUAAGGAGAAGAGAGAAGAACGAGAAACACUCUGGUGAGCUACCAUCCAACUCCCAGUUGUGGUUCCUCCGUGCCCCAAUGGCCACCGGAGGAUGUUUUGUUUUUGUUUUUUUAAUAUAAUAUUUAUUGGUUUUACAAAAAAAAUAAAAUAAAUAAAUACAAAAAUUCCAAAACAUACAAAAAUACAAAAAUUCCAAAGACAAAAAACAACAAUAACAAUGACAAAAAGAAAGCAAAAGAUAACAAUAACCAUAAAAAAGAAAAAACAGAAAAAUUUAAAAAUUUAUACUUUCAUUUAACCUUCUUAUCUUUCCUUAGUUCUUUGACUUCCCCGCACCUCCCCACUUGUAUUUCCAUUUAAAAACUCCUUUCAGCAAAUCCUUACCCUCCUUCCUUUAUCUUAACUCAAAAACUUAAUCUAUUUAUAAAUAGAUAUUUUUACAACCUUAUCAAUCAAAUAUUCCAUGCUCUUAAACGCAAGGCUUUUGCCAAUACCAGUUAUUUUCAAUCAGACCUCAAUUUAACAUUCAUUAAUUUUAUAGUAUUUCUGUAAAUAGUCUUUAAAUUUCUUCCAAUCUUCUUCCACCGACUCUUCUCCCUGGUCACGGAUUCUGCCAGUCAUUUCCGCCAAUUCCAUAUAAUCGAUUACCUUCAUCUGCCAUUCUUCCAGAGUGGGUAAGUCUUGUGUCUUCCAAUACUUUGCGAUAAGUAUCCUUGCUGCUGCUGUUGCAUACAUAAAGAAAGUUCUAUCUUUCUUUGGCACCAAUUGGCCAACAAUGCCCAGGAGGAAGGCCUCUGGUUUCUUUAAGAAGGUAUACUUAAAUACCUUUUUCAACUCAUUAUAUAUCAUUUCCCAGAAGGCCUUAAUCUUUGGGCACGUCCACCAAAGGUGAAAGAAUGUACCUUCAGUUUCAUUACAUUUCCAACAUUUAUUAUCGGGCAGAUGGUAGAUUUUUGCAAGCUUGACUGGGGUCAUGUACCACCUGUACACCAUUUUCAUUAUAUUCUCUUUUAAAGCAUUACAUGCUGUAAACUUCGUACCUGUGGUCCAUAACCGUUCCCAGUCAGCAAACAUGAUGUUAUGUCCAACAUCCUGUGCCCAUUUAAUCAUAGCAGAUUUUACCGUUUCAUCCUGAGUAUUCCAUUUUAGCAGCAAGUUAUACAUUCUUGAAAGUGUUUUAGUUUUGGGAUCUAGCAGUUCUAUUUCCAACUUUGAUUUUUCCACCUGGAAGCCAAUUUUUCUAUCCAAAUUAUAGACCUCUCUUAUUUGGUAAUAAUGCAACCAGUCUCGCACUCUAUCUUUUAGUUUCUCAAAACUCUGCAAUUUGAAUUUAUCUCCUUCUUGUUCCAAGAUCUCCCAAUAUUUUGGCCACUUGGCCUCCAUAUUGGGCUUUUUCAGAGCCUUUGCCUCCAUUGGUGAUAGCCACCUUGGGGUUUUAUUCUCCAAUAAGUCUUUAUAUCUUAUCCAGACAUUGAACAAUGCUUUCCUGACAAUAUGGUUUUUAAAUACUUUGUGAGCUUUAACCUUGUCAUACCACAAAUAUGCAUGCCACCCAAACACAUUAUUGAAACUUUCUAAGUCCAAAACAUCAGUAUUUUCCAGAAGUAACCAAUCCUUCAACCAGCAGAAAGCUGCUGAUUCAUAAUAAAGUUUAAAGUCUGGCAGGGCAAAUCCCCUCUUUCUUUAGCAUCAGUCAAUAUUUUAAGUUUUAUCCUGGGCCUCUUGCCCUGCCAGACAAACUUAGAGAUAUCUCUCUGCCACUUCUUAAAACAAUCCAUUUUGUCUAUUAUUUGUAUCGAUUGAAACAAAAACAGCAUUCUUGGCAAUACAUUCAUCUUGAUGACAGCAAUUCGACCUAACAAGGAAAGCUUCAAAUUUGUCCAUAUUUCUAAAUCCUUUUAAUGUCCGACCAACACUUUUCAUAAUUGUCUUUAAAUAAAUUCCCAUUUUUAGCUGUCAUAUGAAUCCCCAAGUAUUUCACUUUUUUUACCACUGUUAAACCUGUCUCAUUCUGAAACCUCUCUUUUUCAAUCGGUGUUAAAUUCUUCUCAAGUACUUUAGUUUUAAACUUAUUCAGCUUAAAACCUGCCACCUGACCAAACUCUUGAAUCAGUUCUAAUGCUCUUUUCGUACUAGAUUCUGGCUCCUGUAAUGUCAAUACAAGGUCAUCCGCAAAUGCUUUCAGUUUAUAUUGUUUCGCUCCGACCGUUAUACCCUUAAUCAAAUGGUCCCUUCUUAUCAUAUUUAACAGAACCUCCAGAACAGAAAUAAAAAGUAAUGGGGAAAUUGGGCAGCCUUGUCGUGUCCCUUUCUCUAUCUUAAUUUCCUCUGUUAUCACAUUAUUAACUAUUAAUUUAGCUUUUUGUUCUGAAUAAAUUGCAUUUAUACCAUUUUCAAACUCUUGGCCUACCCCCUGGAGAUUUUUCUUCAUAAAACUCCAGGAAAUGUUAUCAAAGGCUUUCUCUGCAUCCACAAAAAUCAGAACUGCUUUAGUGUUAAUCUCCUCUUGCAGCUUCUCCAGAAUAUCAAUUAUAUUCCUUGUGUUAUCCGAAAGAUGUCUAUCUGGAAGAAAGCCAGCUUGGUCCUUGUGAAUCACUUCUUUAAGCCUUUUUGCUAAAAUGUCAGCAAAAAUUUUGUAAUCCACAUUUAACAGGGAUAUGGGCCGAUAGUUCUUAAGCUGUGUCUUUUCAGUCUCAGACUUUGGUAUAAGUGUAAUAAAUGCGUCCUUCCACGACUCUGGCGCUCUUUUCCCCUCUAAAAUUUCAUUGCAAACCUCAGUUAAUGGUCGAAUUAACCAGUCUUUCAGGGUUCUGUAAUAUUUUGAGGUUAAACCGUCCGGUCCUGGAGAUUUUCCCAGCUGCAUAUUCUGAAUGGCACCUUCAACCUCCUGUUCUGUAAUUUUAUAAUUCAGCAAUAUCUUGUUAUCCUGAGAAAUUUUUUGUAAUCCAUUGGUUUUCAGAAAUUGCUCUAUUUCAAAUUCUUUCUGAGGCCCUUGUGUAUAUAAUUGUUUAAAAUAUCUCUGGAAGCAUUUCCUAAUUUCUUCUGGAUUCUGGAUAUUUUUCCCUUCCACUUCCAAAUUAGUAAUAGUAUUGAGUUUUUGUCGUUUCUUCAACUGCCAAGCCAGCAGUUUCCCACAUUUAUUUGCCGAUUCAAAAGUCUUUUGUCUCAUUUGUUUAAUUUUCCAUUCCACUUCUUGAUUUAUCAAUUUCAUAUACUGCACUUGGUGCAAUUUUAUUUCCCUCAGAAUCUCUUGUGAGUUGGGCUUCACUCUCAGUUUCUUCUCGCCCUCCUUUAUUUUUUCCAAAAAUUUUUCUUUCUUUACAUUUUGGGCCCUCUUCUUAACUGAAUUCUGUUGAAUCAGGAAGCCCCUCAUAACUGCUUUACUUGCGUCCCAGAUUAUUCUUUUUUCUACAGCUGUAUUCAAAUUUAUCUCAAAGUAGUCUCUCAAAGUCUUUUGGGCCUUCUUAAUCACCUCUUGAUCUCUAAACAAGGUGUCAUUCAUCCUCCAUCGGAAGGAACCAGUAGAUGUUAACUUCAUCUCCAUUCUCACGGCGUUAUGGUCGGAGCAUGUUUUUGGGCAGAUCUCUACCUUCCUAACCUUAGGUGCCAGUCCUCUAGUAGUCCAGAUUUGGUCAAUUCUUGUCCAUGUCUUUUGGGCUUCAGAAAAAAAGGUUCCUUCUCUACCAAGGGGAUUCCUAGUUCUCCAAAUGUCAAUCAGAUCCAUAUUGUCAGUUAAUUCAAAGAAUGUUUUCGGUAGUCUGCCAUCUUUAGUGACUACCUCUCUUUGUGACUUGUCCAUAUUUGUGGAAACCACCCCAUUCAUAUCUCCCAUAAAAACAGUGUUAUAGUCCAUAUAGUCCAUCAAGAUCUCAUGCAACUUUUUGUAAAAUAUAGAUUUCCCCUCAUUUGGUGCAUAUAAGCCUACUAUCAAAAAUUUUUCUCCUUGUACUUGAAUUUCAAUUGCUAUGAGUCUUCCUUGUUCAUCCUUAAAGACGAAUUUUGGUGAGAGGCUCUCCUUUGCGUAAAUGACCACUCCUCGUUUUUUAACUUUAUCUGAUGAAAUAAAUUCUUGGCCCAAUCUCUUAUUAAUCAAUAUUUUCCUGUGGAGCCUCAUCACAUGAGUUUCCUGUAAGCAAAUUAAAUCCAAUUGUUCUUUUUAAGUAUAUGAAAUACUUUCCUCCUUUUUUCCGGAGAAUUUAGGCCACAAACAUUCCAAGUUAAAAGUUGCAGAGCCAUGAUGGUUUCUUUAUUUUCCUCCAACUGCUCCCAAUAACUCUUCUUCCUCUGUUGGUGGUUUCACCUUCUCUGUCUUGUCCUCUCCCGAAGGUGGUGAUGUAGGAUCCAAUCCUGGUAAAGAGGCUUCUGGCUCCUCCCCCAAUCCUUUUUGUAGGUCCUCUUGAUGGUCUCUCAAAAAGUUCUGUUUCUCCUCCACAGAUUUUAUUUUAAUUUUCUUGCCUUUAAAACUGAAAGAUAGGCCUUGAGGAAAUUCCCACCUGAAAAAAAUUCUGUUUCCUCUCAGCAGCGUCACCAGGUCCCGGUAGUUGGACCUAAGCUCCAAAAGGAACUUUGGAAUGUCUUUAAAUAUUUCUAUCCUUGAGUCUUGUAUUAUCAAUGUAUUUCGGUAGUGUGAGCUCAAAAUUUUAUCUCGUUCCUCCUUAGAUCGCAAGGUAAUCAGGCAGUCUCUCACUCUGUUCUUUCUUGCUCCUCUUCCAAGCCUGAAAGCAGACGUUAUCUUGAAAUCUUCCUUAUCAUUCAAUUGCCAAAAAUUGGCAAAUUCUUGUGUCAAAAAGUCUACCAGGCUCUCUUUCUCAAGCUCAGGUACUGCUCUGAUCCUUAAGUUGGUCUGUUUCUCCUUUAGCUCAAUCACAGAUAACAAUUCCUGGUGCGUUCCCAAUCUUAUGUGAUGCUCUUCAACUUGUUUAAUUAAAGGUGGUAAUUUUUCUUCAGCAGCUACCGCCUUUUCUCUAGCUUCCAAAGCUAUUUUUUGGGUUUCAGCAGAUUGUUUCAGUAAUUUUUUGAUCGCAUCUGUAUUUUCAUUAGUCUGUCGAGUCAGCUUAUCAAUACUUGCAGAGUUUUGUCUAAUAGCUUCUAGUGCCUCGGCAUUCUGUUGACCCAAUUUUUCAAAACCUUCAUUAACAAUUUUAAAUAAACUGGCAAGUCCUUCUUCCCCUUUGUUUGCAUUGGAUCAUCUCCUUGUGGCCCAGCGAUGGAUGGCCUGCGCUGUUGCUGUUGAGCAAUGUUGCUCUGUUGCCUGCCUUUCCCGGACCUCAAGGUUCUUUCAUCCAUGGCACUUUAUCUAGAAAUCAAGGUCACUCUCACAGUUGGAGUUGUUUUGCUGUUAAGCUUUCCCAGGCUGCUGUUGAGUGGAAAAUUCCUCAGUCAGUUAGAAACUUUUUCCCCUUUGGCCUCCAGGGGGACACAAGUAAUAAAGUAUCAAGAAUAAAAACUCUUAAAAACUUUUUAAGAACCCCUUCAGCCAAAGAGGCAACUUUUUUCCCCAAAGUUUCAAUUUUGUGAAGUUAAUAGGCAAGAAGAUACAUUGUCCAUUUAGAGUGCUAACAAAAUAUCCAAUCUUUCCAAACCUGGCAGUCUGUCCCCAGGGAUUGAGAGGUGGUCUUCGUUUCCUUAUCACUCUUUAUUUUACACAAAAAUAACAAGAAAUACUGUCCCUUCUUCCCCCCCUUCUCCAAUUAUGGGAGGGAAAAUUUUUAAAUUUGACGUCUGUGUUUCAGUCUCUUUUGACAGUCUUUGGUAUCGAACUCACACAGUCUUUGCUUUAAUCCUUUAUACAAACCGGGAGGUGGACUUCCUUUUUACACCUUCCCGCUUCAGCCAAAUUUAUUCAAAAAUUUUAGUUGGUCCUUCUAUAACGUCAAACCUACUCACGGGUUGUAGUUUUGACAGCCAAAUUGUCAAGGAAGAAAGGUCAGCGCUCUCCAGCAACAGCCGCACGGCUUCACUCCGCGAAAGUAGCAGAAGACUCACAGUGCCGCGCCACCCCCGUCCUGCUUCGGAGCCCCUCGCGGGGUUCCUUUGCCGUUUAGGGGCGCGCUCCAGGCACCCGCCGAGUCCCACGACCGCAGGCUUCCUCCGCCUGCGGGUUUCGAAAGGGUCUCCGCUGCGCCGUAGCGGAUCGACCCGAUUUUCGCGGAGCCUCUCCUCCGGGAUUAGGAGAAGAUCGCCAUUGCUUGUUGGCGCCGCCUCCGGAAGUCUUUUGAUAUUUGAUAGUAUUUUGAUAUUUUGAUAGUAUUUUGAUGUUUUGAUAUUUGAUAGUAUUUAGGGGAUGGCAUACAUUUUGCAUUUGACAAGUAGGCCGCUUAUGACAUUUCCUAUUUUAUGGCUCCCUUUUUUUAAAAACACACACACAAUACAUCUGAUCAGAUUUGAAGUUGUUGAAUGUUAAAUUCUGUUUUGUUUUGCUUCUUGUUUUUCAAAAUCACAUUAUAAUGUGGAUUAUUCAAAAUGUGAAAUGGCAGAAUUUGGCAAGAGGGUGAAUUUCAAAUAUUUUCAGAGUAUCCGUCAUAUUUACCAAGGGCAAGCAAAUUUUUGUUCAGAAGAACUUUCUGAUAUGAUUGUGAUUCGUGAUCAUUUUAAAUGAUGAGAUUAGUUUAACCGGUUUUCCUGAUUGUUUCACAUGGAUAUACAGUGUAACAUACAUUAUAAAGCACCUUUGAGUUAACAUUUUAACCAGAGUGGUGCAAAAAAUUUCAAUUAAUAAACAGCUGGUUCUCCUUCAGUCUUGCCACGAUUCUUGGGACUCAGCUAGUCUGGUAAAGAAAAAGUGAUUUAUAUGCAUUGUAUAUGCGAUAUAACAUUGUGCCACCAGAUGGCAACGUGGAGUCCCGUUUUUCUUUACCUGUUUUCCCUGUUUAAAUGUACAACGCUGUAGACUGAAACGCUUCUUUGAUGUGCCUGGAUCCAGCCUUGUUCUUCCCAUGAUUCUUUUAGGUGUCAGAACGACACUGGGCGUCUUCAUCCAUGUCCCAAACAACAUGUGUUUGAGCGGAAGUGUGCUAUCCUGAUCAGCGAUCCUGGGCCCUUCUCCGAGUGCCAUUGGCACAGAAGCCCUGACCCUUAUUAUGAGUCCUGUGUUUAUGACCUCUGCCAGUACGGACAGGCCAACCGCAUGCUAUGCGGAGCCAUUGAAGCCUAUGAUGAGAUGUGCACCAUUAUUGGUGUGAAGGUGACAAACUGGCGUUGGGAGAUUGGAUGCAGUAAGCAAAAAGGGGUAUUUGCUUUUAUGUUGAAGUGCUUGCACAUUAGGCCAAUAGCUACUUCUGCCUGAGAGCUUCCUCAGUAAGAUGCCUGGACCCCUUGCAAGAAUCUCUGGUUCAAGACUGCCAUCGGUUUCUGCUGGGUGAAAGCUCAGUCAUUGUGGAGCAUAUGUUCCACAUGCAGAAAGCCCCAACUUCUCCAGCUGGAGCUGGGAAAGCUUUCUGUCUAAAAUCCUGCCAGUGACCAUACAGUUGUCACCUAAGCAGCAGGAUAGCUUAUGUGGUUCCAUCUAGAUGUUGUUGGACUCCAGCUCCUAUCAGCCCCAGCUAGCAUCACCAGUAGUUGGUGGUGAUGGGAGUGUUAGGAUAUAGUUACAUUCCACCUUAAAAGGGUCAGGCAUGACUGUUGUGUAUCACAUGCCUGUUUAUAUCCAGCACAGUCUGCUGGGAACUUCCUUUGUAUGUUGCUUUUGCUAUACUGCUGUUUUGCUGGACACAAAGGCAUGCACACAUGUUUUCCUUUGUUCCUGAACUAUGUUGAAUAAAUGCUGUACAUUUUUGCUUGCACAUCUCUCUGUCUGCCUCUUCGCUGUGAGGUGAUUUACACACUCUGCUGACAGAGUGUGCACGGGUCUCUAAUCAUAUCUGAGGCUCGUUUCGCUGACUGACUGAUGCUGUUCCACGGGAGACCAGUGAUUGUCUGGAGCCAGCUGGGGGCCUGCCUGAUGCCCCCGUCUCCCCGCAUAGCUGUCAACUUUCAGAUUUGAAAAUAAGGGAUCAGCAGCCUCGAAAAUAAGGGAUCAGCAGCCUCACCUGUCCCAGGGACAGUCUAUGGGAUAUCUACCAAUCCAGGAUAGCAGCGGGAAGCAGUGGGAAAUGGCGCUGGAAUAAGGCAAUUUCCCGCCAAAAAAGGGAAGGUUGACAGCUAUGUCUCCCCGGCAGUAUCCCAACAGGGAGCUGUAGUCCAACAACAUAGAAACAUAGAGUUGGAAGGGACCCCCAGGGUCCCCUAGUCCAAUCCUCUGCUGUGCAGGAAUCUCAGCUAAAGCAUCCAUGACAGGUGGCCAUCAAACCUGUGCUUAAAAACCUCCAAGGAAGGAGAGCCUACAUCUGGAGGGCACCUCAUUGUCUAUCCUCCUGCAGACAAUACAAGAUGAUUUCUAGGUUGUUCCUGGUGCUACUGCUGUGAGUCAUAAGGACCCCAAGCAGGUUCUCUCCUACAUAGAGAUUCAACCAUUCUGUGUGUGCACUAAAUAUAAAAGAGGGGUAGAAUAAUCAUUACUAAUAGCUGUGUGUCUAUAGGACAAUAAUAUGCCCCUAACAUGCAUGCAAUACGCAUAUCAAUGUAAUAUUCUUGACAUCUCUGUCAAAGCUGCUGAGAGUCUCAUAAUUAAGAUCAGCCCACAAUAUCUUUGGGACUACAACUCCCAUCAUCCCUGACUAUUGGCCAUGCUGACUGGGGCUAAUGGAAUUUGCGCUCCCAAACAUCUGGAUUAGACAAAUGGAUAAGUCAAAUGUCUUAUGGCUAACCUCUCAAACAUAAUUUACCUUUGCCUCCUGUAGGAACCGUGAUAAUAAUAAUAAUAAUAAUAAUAAUAAUAAUAAUAAUACAUUAUUUAUACCCUGCCCAUCUGGCUGGGUUUCCCCAGCCACUCUGGGCAGCUUCCAAAAAAACCCUAAAAUACAAUAACCUAUUAAACAUUAAAAGCUUCCCUAAACAGGGCUGCCUUCAGAUGUCUUCUAAAAGUUUGGUAGUUAUUUUUCUCUUUGACAUCUGAUGGGAGGGCGUUCCACAGGGCGGGUGCCACUACCGAGAAGGCCCUCUGCCCGGUUCCCUGUAACUUGGCUUCUCAUAGCGAGGGAACCGCCAGAAGGCCCUCUGUGCACCAAAAUGUUUGACCGAUACAAAUGCAAAAAAGAGAGACCUUACCAGGACUUUGCCUUGAUAUGUUAAGUUUGAGCAUGAACGGCUUCCAAAGCAUUUCACGUUUUUCUCCCCCACAGGUUUUACCUGUCCGUUCAACCAGUAUUAUGACUUCUGUGGCCCGGCCUGCCCAGCCACUUGCGCCAACCUCAAUGCACCCUCCCAUUGCACAAAGCCCUGUGUGGCAGGCUGCUUCUGCCGAGAAGGCUAUGUUCUUCACUCCGGGGUGUGCGUGCCCAGGAGGAUGUGUGGCUGCAUGCUGGAUGGCCGCUAUUACCAGCUGGGAGAGGAAGUGAUCCUGACAGACACUUGCAGCAAGAAAUGUUCCUGCAAGCAGCCUGCGCGCCACAUGGAAUGCCAGGAACAUGCCUGCGGGCCUCUGGAAAUAUGCAAAGUUGUGGAUGAAAAACGGGGCUGUUACCCCAUGAAAAACGGCACUAUGUGGAUAUACAGCCAUUCUCGCUACAUCACAUAUGAUAAUCACAUUUAUGGUUUCCGAGGCGCCUGCAAAUACACCCUGACUACCUACUGUGGCCCCCCAGGAAAGCUUCCAGGUUUCACGAUCAAAGUGCUGAAUACACACAAGGCCUCCCUUGCGGUGACGACAGUGAAGCAGUUGGAGCUCGAUAUCUAUGGGGAGCAAAUUAUUAUAGAAGCAGGACAGGAAGACAAAAUACAGGUAAGGCUUUGCUGUGUUAUCCCUUGCUUCUCUGGCUCCCUUUCUGCCCCAAAUGUAGGAUGCAAAGGGCUCAUCAUACUAGAACCUGGGACAUUCAAGACAAGCAAAAAGUAAGUAUUCUUCACAAGGCACAUAGAUAAAGCUUUGGGAUUUGCUUUGACAAGAUAAUGUGAUGGCUAUCAGUUUGGGUCUGCACCAAAUCUUUCAGCAUUCAUUGGAUGCCUACAAAUUCUAGUGUUAUGAAAGAGAGAGAAGAACUUAUUUCUAUCUGCCUUCUACAUAAUGUACAGCCGUACCUUGGUUGUGGAACUUAAUCCGUUCUGGGAGUCUGUUCGACUCCUCGAACGGUUCGAAAACCAAUUGGCUGCAAGAGGUUCCUGCACUCAAUCGGAAGCCACAGAAGCAACAUUGGACGUUCAGCUUCCGAAAAAUGUUCGCAAACUGGAACACUCAUUUCCAGGCUUGCGGCAUUCGGGAGCCAAAAUGUCCAAGUACCAAGGCAUUCAACAACCAAGGUAUGACUGUAUACAGUUUCAGAAACUUCUGUCAUGCCACCUCUAACAAGCUUUUUCUCUAAACUGGGAAGUCUCAAAUACUGCAGCCUUUCCUCCGCCCCCUUGACCAUUUUGGUUGCCUGCUUCUGAACCUUUCCCAACCCUUCGAUAUCCUUUCUGAGCUGAGGCGACCAGAACUAUAAACAGAAUUCCCAGUGUGGUCACACCAAAGAUUCGUAUAACAGUAUUAUGUUAUGGGCACUAUGAUAUUGACAUAAAAAUUCAGGCUUGAAAACGGAGACUUCUUAAAGCGCAAGUUGGAAUAAAAUGCAGGCUUUGUCACUUAUAAACUAUAAAAAGACUUCAUGCCUAUUCACGAUUGUCCAGGGUACCACCUUCAUUCAACGAAGCUAAUCUGGAAGGCUCUGUUUCCCUGCCACCUAAUUUAAUGCGCUAUUUGUAUUUUUAUGGUUUGAUUGUACUUUUUUUUAAAGAAAUUGAGAACUGCCCAGAGAAUUCCUGUUAUGCGGCAACCUUUUUAAAUGUUGUUAAUAAAUAAAUAACAAAUGCAUCGCUGGCAAGCUUAAACCCUUGGCCUUGACAUAGACAUGUCACAGAAUGUUCGCAUCCCCAUUUUUGUCCUAGGUAAAUGGGUACCUGAUGAACCUGCCUGUCACCCUCGCAUCAGGGAAACUCAACGCCUAUUGCAGUGUCUCUGGCCGCUUCGUCAUCGUUGAGACCGAUUUUGGCCUCUCUUUCUCCUAUGACUGGGUUUUCUACGUGUCUGUUUCUCUCCCCGAGACUUAUUCCGGCUCCCUUUGUGGCCUCGGCGGAGAUUUCAAUGGGAACCGCCUUGAUGACUUCAGGACCCCCAAUGGUACUCUGGUAAAGAAUGCUCAUGCGUUUGGAAACAGCUGGAUGCAUGCAAGCUCUCCGUUCUACUGCAGAGCAGUUGGGGCUAUGUCUGAGUGCAGCGAGACUGAAGCAGCCAGGUUCAGAUCGAAGGACCGCUGCGGAAUUAUAAGCGAUGUGAACGGGCCGUUUAAACACUGUAACAGCCCAGAAGAUGUUCGGCUCCACUUGGAAAACUGUGUGAGGGACAUGUGCGCAAGCACAAGCGGCCUCAAGACUCUCUGCGAGUUGCUGCAGAGUUAUUCCCAGCAGUGCCAAGCUAGAGGCAUCAACAUUCAGCCGUGGAGAGAGAUUGCUGGAUGUGGUAGGCAAUUUUUCAGUAGAGAAAAAUAUAUUUAG